AAAAUGUAGAUGAAUUAAAGCUUGUUUAUAUCAAGGUACAGAGCGCACGAUACCACCCUACCUAACAAUCGUCCUAUCGGCCCAUUCCGAGGCAGUGGCACAACGUCAUGAGAUUGCCCUUGCCUUUCCGGGUGCUGAUUGAUGCAGCAAGCGGGAAAUUAACUGCGGUGCAGUGCAGUCUAAUACAAGUACUGUACAGUGUACAUUGCAAUGCAAGCAAGGGCAGCUCGAAACACGGGAAAGUUCAAACUAAACGCAGUUAUCCUUCAAACACACAAAAGCCGAACAAGAAAAACAAAUAUUGUGAAAGUUCUCCUAGCGGUCAGAAGUCGUUCCAGCUAUUGUACCAUUCCUCCCCCGCGUCAUUCUCCUGAGUCCUGUGCAGCACCCGGUGACCUAGCCAAGCUCCGCCAACUCGCAGUAAUCUGGGCAGAAAGGAGGCAGUCGUCCCAGUUUUUGGUACGCCAUGAGCACGACACACGAGCAUUCCCUAGGAUCAUAAGAAGACGAGACGUCCAGCUGGGACGAAGUUUGUUGUGACGUUGUGCAAGGCUGAAGCGGAAAGCGGACUCGAGGUCGCAGCUGGGGACAGUCUACGUUGCCCAAGCAUCUCGAAUCGAAGCAUGGCACAACGCAAUGAGGAGUCAGUUUCGCCGAUGACAAGAAGCCCACGCUCAGAAUCCCCUGUAAAUUCGAACACUUCGACUGCCAACGGAUCAGCAGCUGUACGACAAUCCGGUCUGCGGACUGUGCUGAGCUCUGAAGGGACAUCGGAAGCCUCACCCGAGAUCACACUCAACCCCCCGACUGGAAACGGUACCACAAGCAAGCAUUCUACAGAGGCGAUAGACUACAUCAAUGGAGGAAUUCCUCACGAAGCCACCCUCCCAAAUGGGCAGCUUGACGGGGCGACUGGUUCACCGCAUUUACAAUCAGCUCUGAAGCACACCGGAUCGUUCCCGGGAGACCCAAAUGCAUUAGGAGCCGGCACAUCUACUCCGCCAGGUCGAAGAAGUGUACAAUUCAAAAGGCAUGACCCUGCAGCGGAAUAUUCGGGACAUAUCAGACAAGAAUCGUGGGAGGAUGGCGAAACCCCAAGCAAGGACAGGCGUGGGCAGUCUCUCAUGUCAAAGCUGAAGGCAUUAGCAUCGACAGGUAGCUUGCAGACCCAUAGUAGGAACCAGAGCAAUACGGCAAAUUCUUUCGAAGACGGCACUGGAUCCGCUCCGCUGUCUCCAACAAUAGAGCGAAACUCGAGGUUUCCACAUACAUUACAGGAAGAAGGCAGUGAUGCGGAUGCUGAUGCGGAGGAGACAGCGGAUGAGGGGAAUGGGAAUGCAAAUGUUCGAGCCAAGCGGAAGCGUCGUUUUCGACGACCGCAAGAGAAUCCAGCAAGUCAGACCGCACCAAACACACCAAGAGCGAGGAAUAUGGGGCAGAUAGACUCUCCUGGCGGCAGCAAUCGUGGCAUUCCUUUCCUCCCGCGCCGAGCCACCGAUGGAUCGUUUGAGCAAAGAGGGCAUUUGUCUGAAGGAGAAGGACGAGAUAGACUCAAUAGCCAGAGUGCUUGGCGACGAGGUAGCUCAUGGAUUGGUGGUGGUCGAGGUCCCAGCUAUGGUGGGCAGCAGCCGGGCCCUGAUAUGGACGGUACUCCUGGCCAUACACGAAGACCCAGUAACUUCCGGCGGAUGACUGGACUCGGAGGAGGGGGCCAGAGCGAAGGAGAAGUUCAAACUCCCAGACGGCCUUUCCUUGGUGCCGAACGAGCAACUACAUUCGGUGCCCAGCGCUGGCGGAUGUUGAAGCAUGGGCUCAAGCUGCUAGGACAGAAAAAGGAAGAACACAAGAUUGACUAUCUAAAGUCUGCAGAACUCAUGGCUGAGUUAAGAGCAGGUGCCCCAGCAGCACUGAUGUUGGCUAGCAUGAUCCAACGUGAUGAACAUGGCAACAAGAGGAUACCAGUACUUCUCGAACAACUUAAGCUACAUAUCUCUGAUAGCACACCGGGAAUUGAAGAUCCAUCCGAAACAGAGCGGCAUCUUGUAUUUCGGAUUGAGCUUGAGUAUGGAAGUGGAUUGAAUCGUAUGAAAUGGGUGAUCCACAGGUCGCUCAGGGAUUUUGCCAAUUUGCAUCUACGCUAUAAACUUCAAGGUAGUAGUGACAAGUACAUCCAACUCCGAAGCGACAUCGAUUCACGACCGAAGCAACCCCGCUUUCCAAAAUCUACCUUCCCAUACUUCAGGGGCGUACGAGGCCUCGGCGAGAGCUCCGAGGAAGAAGCUGAAAAUGCUCCUACCGCAGAUGAGACUGUAGGCGAAGCAACGCACAGUGAGACUGAACGAAAGAAGAAGAAACGUCGACCGUCUCUUGUUGGAAAUCGCCGUAAAACUAGUCUCAUUGGGAUAGAUCUUGGCUCCAAUGCGAAUGAUGAGUUAGCUGCUGCUCAACAGUCGAGACAAUUCGUCGAAAAGCAGCGGAGAAGAUUGGAGCAAUAUCUGCAAGAAAUGAUCAGAUGGCUCAUCUUCAGAGCAGACAGCAACCGACUUUGCCGUUUCCUUGAGCUGUCUGCACUAGGAGUGCGACUGGCUGCUGAGGGAAGCUAUCAUGGCAAGGAAGGCUAUUUGGUCAUUCAAUCUGCGAAAGGCCUGGACAUGAGGAGACUGCUCACGCCUCAGAAGAUAUUUACUCGCCACUCCCCUAAAUGGUUCUUGGUAAGACACAGCUAUAUUAUUUGUGUCAAUUCGCCAGAAAACAUGCACAUUUACGAUGUGUAUUUGGUAGAUCCGAAGUUUGAGAUUAUCAGAAAGCGCAGCAAGCUAUCAGAGAUGCGUGGUAAAGAACUACUGGACAAAGCCGAGACAGCAACGAAGCAUCCUCAACACCACAGCCUCAAGUUACAGAACUCCGAGCGAAAGAUCAAGCUUCUAGCCAAGAACGAAAGGCAGCUGAGGCAAUUCGAAGAGUCGAUUACUUACAUGUUGAGCACUACUCCGUGGGCCAAGCCAAACCGCUUCGGAAGCUUUGCUCCUGUGAGAACUGGAACAUAUGCUCAAUGGCUUGUUGACGGCCGAGACUACAUGUGGAAUGUCUCCAGAGCUAUCAACCAGGCGAAAGAUGUCAUCUAUAUCCACGAUUGGUGGCUGAGUCCUCAACUGUAUAUGCGAAGACCUGCGGCAAUCAGCGGGAAGUGGCGUCUUGAUAGACUGUUGAAGCGGAAGGCCGAAGAAGGUGUCAAGGUCUUUAUUAUUGUCUACAGAAACGUAGAAGCUGCCAUUCCGAUUGACUCCGAGUUCACUAAGUUCUCGAUGUUGGAUUUGCAUGAGAAUGUCUUUGUACAACGAUCACCCAACCAGUUUAAGAAGAACCAGUUCUUCUUCGCACAUCACGAGAAGAUAUGCAUUGUCGAUCAUUCGGUUGCUUUUGUUGGUGGUAUUGAUCUCUGCUUUGGCCGUUGGGACACUCCUCAGCACUCUGUCGUCGAUGACAAGCCUACAGGAUUUGAACAGUCAGACCUUCCAAAAGAUGCAGAUCACUGUCAGCUUUGGCCUGGGAAAGACUACUCGAACCCUCGAGUGCAGGAUUUCUACCAGUUGAACGAACCCUAUGCAGAAAUGUACGACAGAUCUAAGACACCUCGAAUGCCGUGGCAUGACAUUUCGAUGCAAGUCGUUGGUCAGCCAGCAAGAGAUCUUACCCGCCAUUUCAUCCAACGGUGGAACUACAUCCUUCGCGGAAGAAAGCCUACAAGACCGACUCCAUUCCUACUGCCGCCCCCCGAUUACACUGAAGCUCAACUUGAAGCUUCCGGUUUGACAGGCACUUGUGAGGUUCAAAUUCUCCGGUCAGCUGCCGAUUGGUCACUUGGAAUCACCGAAGUCGAGCACAGUAUCAUGAAUGCUUACUGUAAAAUGAUCGAGGAAUCGGAACAUUUUGUCUAUAUGGAGAACCAGUUUUUCAUUACCAGUUGCGAGACCAUGGGUGUCAAGAUGACCAACAAGAUUGGCGAUGCAAUUGUUGAGCGUGCGAUCCGAGCCUUUCAGAACAACGAAAGUUGGCGUGCGAUCAUACUCAUCCCUCUUAUGCCGGGGUUUCAAAAUACUGUAGAGCAACCAGAAGGCACAAGCGUGCGGUUGAUAAUGCAAUGCCAGUUCCGCAGUAUCUGUCGUGGGGAAAGCUCGAUAUUUGGACGCCUUAGAGCUGCCGGUAUGGACCCAGAAGAUUAUGUCUCAUUUCACAGCCUUCGAUCCUGGGGCAAGAUUGGACCUAAGCAAAUGCUUGUGACUGAGCAGCUGUACAUUCACGCAAAAGUCAUCAUUGUUGAUGACCGAAUUGCUUUAAUAGGUUCGGCCAACAUCAAUGAACGUUCUAUGCUAGGACUGAGAGAUUCUGAAUGUGCUGCUGUCGUUCGAGACACAGACAUGCUCUGGUCGACCAUGGAUGGGGAACCAUACCUCGUUGGGCGCUUUGCUCAUACGUUACGGAUGCGACUUAUGCGGGAACAUCUGGGUCUCGAUGUGGAUGCUGUAUUGGAAGAAGAUCGCAAAGCAGAAAUGGAUCGGGAAGAAGCAGAAUUUGAGACUCGCAUGAACGGUAUCUAUCAAGAAAAUGAUAGUGAUGCGGCGAAGCCGUCUCGUCCAAACGAGGACCACGUUACAGAUGCUGUCAAUGAAGAAGGUCUACACAGCUUCAAUCACGACGUCGACUGGGAGCAAGAAGGUAACCCCAACCUCCAAGCAGAAGCUUACAAAUCUGUUACCUCCGACAAGCGAGUCACCAACAACGCCAAACAUGCAGCUGAAGUUGACGGCGAGAGUCCCGAUAACUGGAAGACGGCCAAGAAAUCUGGCCUAGAUCGUGGAAGAGAUUCGGUACUGGUUGAGGGCGGCCGUGAGGUAUUGAUGACUGAUAUUGCCUCGGAGGGCAAAGGCACUUUGAACCAUCCUGCAAGACCUCACGCUCGAUCUUUGGCCAAUAAGCAUGACAAUGACGAUAGCACUGGUGGAAACGAUGGCUUGCCGCCAAUACCACGAUUUCCAAGAAGGACUACAGAGCAGUUGGGCCUUAGUCAACUCUCUCAACUUCCACCUCUUCCUGCACUUGAUGACACAGAUAUUGGUGGCCCACCGGUACACUUCGAUGCUGCAGGAAACUCGAUGCCGAAACCAUUCAAUCCAUUGACGGCAGAUAUCCAACCUGUAAAUAUAGACAAGGACUGCAUGCGAGAUCCUCUUAACGACACUUUCUACUACGAUGUCUGGCUUCGGGCUGGAGGAAACAACACUAAGAUCUUCAGACAAGUGUUCAGGUGCAUGCCAGAUAACGAGGUCUCAAAUUGGCACGAGUACCAAGAUUACAUGGCAUAUGCCGAGCGAUUUGCGGAGGCACAAGGUGAUACCAAGAGCACCGAAAGACAAGGGGAAGAAGCCCCAGGGAAGAGUGGGCCACCCGGAGCUUCGAUGGGUGGUAAUGGGGUGAUUUCUCAUGCAGCCAGCCAUCUUACCGAGAAGAUUCAUGGACAUGACAACCAACAUCCCCUGGGGACUGUUGCUGAAUGGGCUGAUGACGCUGACAGACGCAAUACAAAGCAACACAAUGCUUCGGCUACUCUUGAGGCAGAUAUCAAUGGCCAGCUAGAUGGUACGAAUGAGAAAGCUGCAACUGGCCGAGCGUCAGAUGAAGCACCAUCCCCAGUCCAACCAGUUGGAGAUGAGACUUUCCCUUCGCUCGACUCCACAAUGCUUAGCCCUCCUGCUAUCGAUUCUGAGAAGAACACACAACAACAUCGGAAAACUACAUUCUCUUCAACGACAUCUGGGGACAAGGAAAGGAGUAGUACCAUUGGAGGGAGCACAUUGGUCAAUCAUGGUUCUACAAAGAAGCGCCGCCGUGGAACUACGAAAGGGAGCCGAAAAGGUUUCUCUGGUAGUGAUGAUCUAUUGAGCAGAGUGGAUGCUGAGGAACUUCUCAGUCUGGUGCAAGGCCACCUGGUCAUGUUCCCAUACGACUGGCUUGUCAAAGAAGAGCUCAACUCUAACUGGCUGUAUCAAGUAGAUCAGGUGGCGCCUCUACAGAUUUAUAAUUAGAUAUUGUAACGGCCAGAUAGCCUUGUAAUUUUGUAUGAUUGGUAUAACACAGGGAAAACUUGCAUAGCAUGGUACAGGGUAUUUGUACAUUCUACAUGGAGCAA